ACGAUGGCCGCAGCCAGCUGCUGGAGCGACCCACAAUCUUUACUCACUGUAUUUUCCACGCGGAGAAAGAUGCUGUUUAAAUCGUAUUUUACUGUUGUUGUAUUUAUUUGUAGCACAGUCCUGUGUUUAGCCGACGAUGACCACGAGAUGGAGGAAUUUCUGAAGCGGGAGUACUCGCUGUCGAAGCCCUACCAAGGUGUGGGAUCCUUAGGCUCCUCCCACUGGGAGCUGCAAGGCGAUGCCAUGGUAACGACGGAGCAGGUGCGGCUAACACCUGAGAUGCAGAGUCGACAGGGGGCAGUAUGGAGCCGCCUGCCAUGUCACCUGAAGGACUGGGAGAUGCAGGUGCACUUCAAGAUCCAUGGACAAGGCAAGAAGAACCUGAAUGGUGAUGGCUUAGCCAUCUGGUACACUAAGGAGCGAAUGCAGAAAGGCCCGGUGUUUGGAAAUAUGGACAACUUCACGGGUCUGGGGGUGUUUGUGGACACCUACCCCAACGAGGAGAAGCACCUGGAGACUCAGAAGAAGAGAUACACACCUCGCACUCAGAGGAUCUUCCCCUUCGUCCUGGCCAUGGUGGGCAACGGCACCAUCAGCUACGACCAUGAACGCGAUGGACGCCCUACAGAACUGGGCGGCUGCAAUGCAAUGAUCCGAAACUUGAAACACGACACCUUCCUCUUCAUCCGCUACAUUCGGCGGCGUUUAACGGUGAUGAUUGACAUCGAUGGUCAGCACGAGUGGAGGGAUUGUCUGGACAUUCCGGGCGUCCGGCUGCCUCUCGGAUAUUACUUUGGGGCCACAGCCGUCACUGGAGAUCUGUCAGAUAACCAUGACAUCAUCUCCUUAAAACUCUACCAACUGACGGUUCUGAGGAGCAAAAAGGAGGAGGAAGAAGAGGAUGAAGAGAUAACAAUCCCAAGCGUGGAUAACAUGGAACUGCUGCGAGUAAUUCAAAAAGAAGAAGGGAUGAGCGCUGUCUCCAUUUUCUUCACUGUUCUCUUCUCCAUGCUGGGCUGCGUGUUUCUUAUCGUGAUCGGCCUGGUGGUCUACGGCCACUGGACCGAGAGUCGACGCAAGCGCUUCUACUGAGACUGAAGUGCUGCUCCAGGCCACUAGGGGACAGCACACUCAUGAGAGCGGAGGAGAAGCUGACCCACGACAGCCGACAUGAAGGUUUCCUCAUCCAACAUGAGUGUCGUCCUGCACCUGCUGGAUUCAAACCGACUCGGCCUUAACACGCCUGCAUUCUUAACAUCAAAUGCAAGCCAGACGCCACUGAAGUCAGAAGAGAUCCCACUUUUAUUAUACCGUCAACCUCAAAAUUAUUUAAAUCUGUAUUUUAAUACUUAAACCGCUGCUGACCCUUUUACGCCGACUUAUCUGCACUGAAGAAUGAGAGUUACUACAGAAAAGUCUGCAGUGGUCCUUCACACAACUGUUGGUUGCUGCCUCAUUGUUCUUUUGUCCAUAUUUAUUUUCGUCACCUGUUUGUGUCAGACAUUUUUAUUUGGUUUCAAA